AUGCCUCAGUCUAUUGCACCCAUUCCAGUUGCUGUUGAUACAUUUCUAAGUACCUCUGGAGAUGGAGCGAAAUUCCCCGGUGACUUUGAUGCUCCUGCUGAAAUUCAGGCUUUGAUUGAUAAUUCAAUGUCGAAAGCCAUGACUAAGGUCCUGAUGUCUGCUAUGGGGGUAAUGUCUGACUCCCUGUCACAGACAUUUGCACAGGCCCUACAACAGACACAGAGAACGGCUCAGCCGACCAUUACUCAGGCAUUGCCUUUAAAGACAGCUGCGCAGCCUCAUUCUGGCCGCAAAGCUCUCACUAAGACUAAACACUCCUCAAUGUCUAAGAUGGACAGCAUUACUUCUGUUACAGAUGGUGUGACUAUUCUGCCACCACGCGAAAGAACCACUAACUGGGCAAAAUCGACUAGAUUAUGGAAGAGGGCAAAAGCCAAAUUAGAUUCUGAGUCAGAUCUCAGUGAUAUUGAGGAGGAGUCCUAUAUGGACGAUUCAGAAGAUCCACCGGAUCCUGGUUCUGACUAUGGAAUCGAUGAAUCUGACCCUUCCCAGGACACUAUUAUUGGUGUAGUCUACUAUAAUUGA